AUGGAUUAUACAUACGGACAAUCAUAUGAUUAUCCACUUCGAAUUCUUGUUCCUAGUGAUUCUGUUGGAGCUAUAAUUGGUAAACAAGGUUCAACAGUUAAACAAAUCAAACAAACAACACAUGCAAAAGUUGACGUGAGUAAAAAUGAGUCAACCAAUACACAAGAACGAGUGAUUGUUAUUCGAGGUCAACAAGAAAAUUGUAUUCAAGCAUGUCGCGAAGUCCUUCGUAUAAUGUAUGAAGAUGCACAAAAUAAAAAUAAAGCAAAUGAAAUUGUAUUAAAAGUACUUGCACAUAAUAAUUUUAUCGGUCGAAUUAUUGGUAAAGGUGGUAAUAUAAUAAAUUCAAUUAAAAAAGAAACUGAUACAAAUAUUACUGUAUCAAGUAUAAAUGAAUUAAAUUCAUAUAAUAUUGAAAGAAUAAUAACAAUAAAAGGUGAACUUGAUCAACAAAUACGUGCACUUGAAUCAAUCUAUACAAAAUUAUGUUCGGCAUAUGAGAAUGAUAAUGCUCGAACAUGGAAUAAUCCAACAACACAAUAUCAUCAACAACAACAACAGCAACAACAACAACAACAACAAUUAAUGCAACAUUUCGCACAACAAGCAGUAAUGGCAACUGCUACUAGUAAUGGUCCACCUGUGUUACCUACACAUUAUACUCAACAACAGCAACCAUUAAUGCAACAAACACCAACUAAUAAUAGUAAUAGUUCGUCGAGUAAAUAUAUUGAACAACAACCUCAUCAAGCAGCACUUUAUCAACAACCUUAUUACCCACCUGUGUUUUCUGCACCUGGACCAUAUUAUAUGUCUUAUCAACCAAUGAAUCAUAUAGCUGCUUCACAUUCUCAUCAAUAUGGAAAUGGAACACUUAAUCAACAUCAACAACAAUAUCCACAGUCAAUAGUACAAUUAUCACAAAAUGCAUCAGCAGCUAUUGAAACUGUUCAUUUAUAUGUACCAAAUGCAGUAAUUGGAGCUAUUAUUGGUACUAAAGGUCUUUUUAUUAAAAGUAUUAUUAAAAAUUCCAAUGCAAUAGUUAAAAUUAGUCCACCAAAUCCACAGGAAGAUCAAAAUAAAAUAAUUGAUCGACAAGUAACAAUAUCAGGAACACCUGAAGCUCAAUGGAAAAGUCAAUAUUAUAUAUAUGAUAAAAUUCGACAAGAAGGUUAUGCUGGUGAUGAUGAAGUUCGAUUGCGUGCAGAAAUAUAUGUUCCUACAUCGUUAAUUGGACGUUUAGUUGGUAAAGGUGGACAAAAUGUUCGUCAAUUACAACAAUCAACAGGUGCAAUUAUUAAAUUACCAGAAGAUUCACAACAAACAUCCGCUAGUGAAGUACCCGUUAAAAUUAUUGGCCCUUUUCAAGCUAGUCAGUUUGCUCAACGACGUAUUCAAUCGAUUAUACAAAUGAGUCGUGAUUCAACAAAUAUAUCAAAUGAAGAUAGUAAUAAUAAUAAUAAUAAUAUUAAUAGCGAACAAUCAAAUAGCAUUUUAAAUAAUAUAUCGUCGAUUAAUCUCAAUGACACAUCGACAAUUGUGAAUGGAAGUACAGUUAGUGAUGAUGCUGUUGUUGCUUCUAGUACAAUACAAAAUCCAGAUGAUAGUAUCACAGCAGACGAUGAAAAUAAAUCAUGUGAUGAAUGA